UGGCAUUAGAAUGUCUUCGUUAAGUGUGUAUGCGUAGGUAACAUACCUAUGUAAUAUAACCUUCUGUCAGAUCCGGCAAUCACUCGAUAGGACCAUGGUUCGAUGGAGCGAGAGAAUAAACAAGGACAUAUAAGCAUUGGACAUUGAGUUCCUAGUAUUGCUGGAUAUUUCCGUAUUUGUAGAAUUCCAACACCAAUAAUUCUAGCCUUCCAAAACUACUAUGUGACCGGAUAAAUCGAUACUGAGGAGCAAAAUGGGGGAUCAGGGUGACCAGGCUGAAGUUAACCUUUCAAGUAACGACUCCGAGUCAGGUGUUGUGGAACCAAAUACCUUGACUGCCGAACAGCAGUUGGCCCUUAAUACGUUCAGAAACAAGGUUCAAGAUGUUCUGGGGCCCGAUCAUGACGAUAGAUUUCUUCUUCGAUGGCUUAAAGCCAGGAAAUUUGACCUUAACAAGUCUGAAGAGAUGCUUAGAAAUAGUUUUUCUUGGAGAGAGAAGAAUAAUGUUGACACCAUCCUAGAGGAUUUCGAGUCACCGGAAGUGCUAAAGAAGUAUUUCACAGGUGGCACUAGUGGUUUCGACAAGGAGGGAUGCCCUAUAUGGGUUGAUCCCUUAGGUAGACUCGACUUUAAAGGGCUAUGUGCAUGUGCCAGAAAAAUAGAUUUAAUAAAACAUAAAGUUUUCCGACUGGAAUUGUACACCAAUAUCAUGAAGCAACAGUCCAAAAAGUUGGGAAGGGUAAUCGACAAGGAGACAAUAAUUUACGAUAUGGAGAAGGUUGGAAUGCGGCACCUUUGGAAACCCGGAAUCGACACAUUUAACCAAUUUGUUACCCUUGUUGAGGACAACUACCCCGAGAGACUAAAAUUUAUCUUCAUUAUCAAUGCUCCAAAGAUUUUCCCUGUGAUCUGGAAACUAGUCCGACCUUUCGUUGCAGAGGAGACAAGAAAGAAAAUCAAAGUGUUUGGUACAGCGAACUACAAAGACACUUUGCUGGAAUACAUUGAUGCUGACCAGUUGCCGGCUGCCUAUGGUGGAACACUGGUAGACAAAUUUGGAGAUCCUAGAUGUGGAGAUAUGAUUGUCCAAGGUGGCGAGGUACCGAAGGAACUUUAUGCCAACGCUAACAGCAUGGAUAAAGAUAAAUUUACGUCCGUCACGGUGGGCAGUAAGCAGUCUCUAGACCUGCCAUACAGCGUCACUAUACCGGAAAGCGUGCUAAGCUGGCAGUUCUUCACGGAAGGUUAUGACGUAGGAUUCGCAGUGUACAGACAAAUAGAGGAUGGGUUACAGAAAGGAAACUUGGAGGAAGUCGUUCCUUUGGAGAGAGUCACCAGCCAUAUUUAUCCCGGAGACGGCAGUGUCGUGUGCAAAACUGUGGGCACUUACGUAAUAAGAUUUGACAACACCUACAGCUGGACUCGAAGUAAGAAAGUCUUGUACUGUGUUGACGUGAUGGUGCCAGAUAGCAUGGAUGGCUUCAGCAAUGUCGAUAUAUUUACCAGUUAACUACCUAGAGGUUUCAGCAAUAUGAAUGAACAACGCAGGAACAAUUUGAUAACGUGAAUUUUCGGUUAUGCUCUGUGUGUGAAUGUAAAAAAACAUGCUCGAUACUCCAGGGAAUACGUACAGUUUCGCUCUCUACACCCCUGGAAUAUGUCAUGACAAAAUCGAAGACAAAUGACCAGCAAUUCGCAAUGUGUCCGGAAAAAACUUGACCAAUCGCCAAGCUGAUUCUUUACUAUUGGAGAUUACAAAAUAAUGACAAAUAAGUUCAAAGCCAGUCAAAGUAACUGGACGGCGACCUCCAGAUUCGCUUGAUGUAUAUUUUAGGACCGAACUAUUAUUUUUGUUUUACCCACAAGGCGGCGGUGACCGAGUUCGGAUUUGCAGUGAUGUAUUGUAGGAGUGCACGGAGCAAAAUGAAUUUAAACUAUUGUGUAUUGAUCAAUGCCUUUUAGAUCAUCAGAAUAUUACCGUCAUUUGAUGAACUGAAAGACAUGUCGCAGAAAUAUAUUACAGACUACAUGUAUAUAUUUGUUUUGUACUGGCAAACUAAAAUAACCGGCGCAGAAAUAUCCGCCAAGGACGUGUAUUACACGUACACGCUCUUGGCGUCUAUUGAGAGAUUAUUUUGCAGUAUAGCAAUGUGAUUUGUAAUUUUAUAUAUUUUUAAUUUGUAAUUAUUAAAAGUUUGACGUCA